AUGACGGAUAUACAAUUGCCUGCUCUUGCCACGGGCUACUACUCUGGUGGGGAAAGCGAAGAUGAAGACACGAAGGACUCGCUAGUGGAUGAGCUUACGAAACCACGUAAAAAUCGUCGUGGUCAACGAGCCAGACAAAAGAUCUGGGAAAAGAAGUAUGGUUCUGGCGCUAAACACGUUGUGAAGCAGCAUGAGAGAGCAAAAUCCGAUAGAGAGAGGCUGAGACUUGAAUUUGAAGCCCGUCAAGAAAAGAGAGACCGUAAGCAGCAGGAACGGGAAGAGAGAGAAAAGGUGAGAGCAGAGAAGAUGAAAAAGCAGCAGGAGAGAGAG